UGUACGUGCUCUGCAAUGCUGUCGACAGUUGAGGGAAUUGAAUGCAAGCUAUUGCUGUGAUAAGCGCCGGGACAACAAGUGAAGUUUCUGUACAAAGCGAACUUUCAAAAGUUUUCAAUUUUUUCUUUUUGAAUUAUAACGUAUCCACUACUAGAAGAGUGCGAUCUCAGCGACGUUUCUACCAUUUCGACCGGCUUGGAAAAACAUUUUGCGAUCAUGGCUACCGUAUCAUAUCAAAUAUCAAAUCUGCUGGAAAAGAUGACAUCCAGCGAUAAAGACUUCAGAUUUAUGGCGACUAAUGACUUGAUGACAGAAUUACAAAAAGAUAGUAUUAAACUGGAUGAUGAUUCUGAAAGAAAAGUGGUUAAAAUGCUACUAAAGUUACUCGAGGACAAAAAUGGGGAAGUACAAAACCUUGCUGUGAAAUGCUUGGGUCCAUUAGUCAAUAAAGUGAAAGAGUAUCAAGUGGAGACGAUUGUUGAUGCCCUAUGUGCUAACAUGGUAUCAGACAAAGAACAGUUACGAGACAUUUCAAGUAUUGGACUUAAAACCGUGAUCUCCGAGCUUCCCUUAGGUUCAAAUGCCCUAGCUGCAAAUGUUUGCAAAAGGAUCACUGGCCGAUUAAGUAACGCUAUAGAAAAGCAAGAAGAUGUACCAGUUCAACUUGAAGCUCUUGAUAUUGUGGCGGAUUUACUUUCCCGAUUUGGCUCGCUUUUGGUUACCUUUCAUUCAGUGAUCUUAGCUGCUUUACUACCACAACUUUCUUCUCCACGCCAAGCGGUUCGCAAGCGUACAAUUGUAGCUCUAAGUCAUCUUCUUACUUCUAGCAAUAGUCAGCUUUACAACAAACUUCUGGACCAUCUAAUCGAAGUUCUUUCUACCAAUAAAGUCAAAAAUGUUACCCGCACCUACAUUCAGUGCGUCGCUGCAAUUUGUCGACAAGCCGGUCAUAGAUUUGGAGAACACAUAGAGAGAAUCAUGCCACUAAUUGUGCAGUACAGUAGUGAAGACGAUGAUGAGCUUAGAGAAUAUUGCUUGCAAGCAUUUGAAGCGUUUGUAUACAGAUGUCCAAAGGAAAUCACGCCUCACAUUAACAAGAUCAUAAAAAUCUGUCUGACAUACAUUACAUACGAUCCAAAUUACAACUACGAUGGUGAUGAAAACGAAGGAUUUGAUGGUGAGGGAGUCGUGAUGGAGACAGAAGAAGAUGGUGAGGAAGACGCCGAGGACGAGUAUUCGGAUGAUGACGAUAUGAGCUGGAAAGUUCGCAGAGCAUCAGCGAAAUGUCUGGAAGCUGUCAUUUCUAGCAGAAGGGAGCUUUUGUCAGAGUUCUAUAAAAUCAUUUCGCCCGCUCUAAUCGCCAGAUUCAAAGAAAGAGAGGAGAACGUAAAGUCUGACAUUUUUCAUGCCUAUAUUACUCUGCUGAGACAAACUAAGUCAGCUACCGGCGUUUCCCUUGAUCCCGAUUCGAUGGAAGAUGAAGAUGGUCCAGUUAUAUUGUUUCAGCAGCAAGUUCCUCUCAUUGUAAAGGCGGUCCAUCGACAAAUGAAGGAAAAAAGCAUCAAAACGAGACAAGAUUGCUUAUCGCUUCUUAAAGAGUUAGUGCUGGUCUUACCAGGUGCUUUGACCAAUCACAUUCCUGCGUUAAUUUCAGGUAUACAAUACUCGCUAGGAGAGAAAAAUUCGUCGUCGAAUAUGAAAAUCGACACGCUGGCUUUUGUCCACACUCUUCUGGUUACACAUCAACCCGAAGCUUUCCAUGCACACAUGUUGAUUUUGGCUCCUCCGAUUAUCGUCGCCGUUGGAGAUCCAUUCUAUAAAAUCACCGCAGAAGCACUUCUAGUGUUGCAAAAAUUGGUGCAAGUUAUUAGACCUCAUGAUAAACCAUACAAUUUCGAUUUUAAUUCUCUCUCGACCGACAUCUAUUGCUCCACGCUGACGAGAUUAAGAACAGCGGAUAUAGAUCAGGAAGUAAAGGAGCGAGCGAUUGCUUGCAUGGGUCAGAUUUUGGCACAUCUGGGCGAUACUUUACACGAUGAACUAGCCGUUUGUCUUCCCAUCUUCCUCGACAGACUAAGAAAUGAAAUCACUCGACUCACAACUGUGAAGGCGCUCACCUGCAUUGCUGCAUCACCUUUAAGAGUUGACCUCAAACCGAUAAUGGAAGAGGCAGUUCCAGUUUUGGGAUCGUUCCUAAGAAAGAACCAACGCGCUUUGAAACUGUGCUCUCUCACACUAUUGGACACGUUAGUGCAAAAUUACAGUUCUGCUUUAAAUCCCGACCUUCUCGACAAAGUUACAGCUGAGUUGCCAGCAUUGUUAAAUGAGACUGAUCUACAUAUUGCACAAUUAACUCUUACACUGCUUACAACCAUCGCAAAGCUACAUUCGGUAGCGUUAACGAGAGUCUCAGACAACAUCUUACCCGAAAUUCUUGUGUUGGUAAAAUCUCCACUUUUGCAAGGUGCGGCAUUAAACUCUAUGUUGGAAUUCUUCCAAGCUUUGGUCCAGGCAGGCAUUCCAGGACUUGGUUAUAGAGAACUUCUAUCGAUAUUGGUGGCUCCAGUAAAUAUCCCGCAGCUUCACAAGCAGGCUUAUCACUCGCUGGCAAAAUGCGCUGCAGCUCUGACAAUCAUGUGGCAGCAAGAAGCUCUAGGCGUGGUGGAACAAUUUUUGAAGGAUGUUCAGAGCCCACAGAGUGACGCAAGACACAUCUUUGCUCUCUUUGUCAUUGGAGAAAUUGGCAGACACGUAGAUUUGAGCAACAUAAAUUCGUUGAAACUCAUUAUUUUAAGCUCGUUUUCGACACACUCCGAAGAAGUUAAGCAAGCUGCUAGCUAUACCCUUGGAAAUAUUGCAGUUGGAAACCUCCCUGAAUAUCUACCUUUCAUACUAAAGGAAAUUGAGGCACAGCCAAAGCGACAAUACUUGUUACUUCAUUCUUUAAAAGAAAUAAUUACGUGCCAAUCUGCUAGUCCGUCGGGUGUCUCGCAUUUACAAAAUUUUGUGCCUUCUAUUUGGAUGUUAUUGUACAGGCACUGUGAAUGUACAGAAGAGGGCACUCGAAAUGUAGUAGCUGAGUGCCUUGGAAAAUUAACCUUAAUUGAUCCAGGCACGCUUUUGCCUAAAUUGCAGGAAUCCUUGAAAUCCCCCUCGUCAUUAAUGCGGACCACAGUGGUUACUGCUGUUAAGUUCACAAUUUCCGACCAGCCCCAACCGAUCGACCCAAUGUUAAAGUUGUGCAUGGGCAGUUUUUUAGCUUCCUUAGAAGAUCCGGAUCUCAAUGUUAGAAGAGUAGCUUUAGUUGCAUUUAAUUCGGCGGCUCAUAACAAACCCAUACUAGUGCGUGACCUCCUGGAUUCAAUCUUACCAAAACUUUACACCGAGACAAAGAUCAAGAAAGAAUUGAUCAGAGAGGUGGAAAUGGGACCUUUUAAACAUACAGUUGAUGAUGGUUUGGAUUUAAGAAAGGCGGCAUUUGAAUGCAUGUAUACGUUACUCGAUUCUUGUCUCGAUCGGCUGGAUGUCUUCGAGUUCUUAAAUCACGUGGAAAACGGUUUGAGAGACCACUACGAUAUUAAAAUGUUGACUUACCUUAUGACGGCACGACUCGCUCAACUUUGCCCUACAGCCGUUUUGCAAAGGUUAGAAAGACUCGUAGAACCUCUGAAAAGUACUUGUACCAUGAAAGUCAAAGCAAACUCUGUUAAGCAAGAAUACGAGAAGCAAGACGAACUCAAACGCUCUGCAUUGCGUGCCGUAGCUGCGUUACUAACGAUACCCGAUGCUGACAAAAAUCCGGCUUUAAACGAAUUUGUUUCUCAGAUUAAGGGAACAGCUGAACUACAACCUCUAUUCGACUUGAUCCAAAAAGAUUGUUCCGGUAGCAACUUGAAUGAAGCACACAUAAUGGAUCAGAGCUAAAUGAUAGUGAUUACAUUUUCUAACUUAUAAAGGUCACUAAUAACUUAGCAUUUGUGGCCAUUAUUUACAGUCUAUUUCUAUACAAUUAAAAAAAUAUAUUAUUAUGAGUCACGAGAAUGGUACUCUGAGUUGAUAGUGUUACGGGGGUUGACUCUAGUUGACUGUUCUUAAGGCCAAACUUUCCAAAAUUUCUGCAAUGUUUACCAAUCAGUACAUACAAAUAUUUUAUAUUUAACGUACAUUAUAUAGAAAUAUGUGAGAAUUCAAAAAAAAAAUACUAGCGCCGCCCUUUUACAUGCUGGAAUAGGAAUACCAGUCCCGUGUUCCGAAUAAAGCAUAGUUUGCAAUUAAUGUAAUUUCAUGUAAUGCACCAUGUAUAGACUCAAAAAUAAAUCUACUUGACCGUAA